UGUUAAGUACAUCAAUAGUUCAGUGUGAGAAGAACUUACUUGUACACGCUUCUCUUGAUGGGAGACAUGUGUUUGAAGAUUAUUGACUCUUAGCUGACAUCUACACUAUGUCACGCCUAUGAAAAUGAGGCAUGAUGAGAAGUGCAAGCUUAACAGGUGUGUAUGAUCCGUGCAUCAUCAAGAACAACAAGGAUAAACGUGGAGUUGCGAUGUAGUUGACAUCAUAAGGAGGGAGGUUUAAAAAGCUUCCCUGCCUUCCGCGCCUCACCUCUCUGGCAGGUCUGGUUAAUUUCGACUUCAUCAAGUAUAUCUUGUCGCAGAAGUGAUUGUAUAGAAACAAUGUCGGCAAAUAACAAAGUGGAGGUCAAGAAAUCGACCAUCGACGGAGCCGGGCGCGGCCUCUUUGCCUGCCAAGACUUUGGCCCGGGUGACCUAGUUGUGUUGCUCGACCGGCCGCUCCUCGCCGAGCUUGAUACGGAUCGUAUGGAGGAUACUUGCGACUGGUGCUUUCAGCGAGGCGCUACUGAUCCUAUGGAACGCAUGCAGGCGGCAUCUAUGGGGCUUCCGAAUGGGCUUAUUGAGAUUAAGAAAUGUGCCCGUUGCCGCCGAGUAGGGUACUGCUCUAAGAAUUGCCAGAAUAAGGCUUGGAAGCGCGAGCAUAAAUACGAAUGUCAUGUACUGGCUCCAAGUACACGUCCGAAUUUGCCUAUGGGUGUACGUGCUGUGAUCAAGCUCCUUGGUCGCCUCAGGGGUAACACUGGCAAUGAGAGGGAACAAAUACUCGAUAUCUUGAAUUUCUGGCCAGCCGCUCGUGAUAGCAACCAGCUUAAAGAUAUUCGUCGAUUAGAUAGAGAGAAGUUCGACGACUUCUAUAUGCUUGCUAAUGCGGCUUGGACGUAUGCGGGAAAACCUUCCAUCGACGGUUUCGAUGUUGAAGCUGUUGCUCGAGACCUUAUUUUUAACGUUAUGUAUAAUACUUUCCAGGUAGGCUCCCCGCUCGACGCCGGCGACUAUGGCCGUGGGUUUGACCCCUUGGUCUGUAGUGCGAACCAUUCCUGCGACCCAAACGUGAUACGCGUCUCCAACCAGCCGAGCACAAUACUGCGUGCGCUGAAACCUAUUAAGAAAGGUGAAGAGAUAUUCAUGGCAUAUACCGAGGUGACGAAUCCAUUUUGGGUGCGGCAAGCGCAUAUUAAAGAGGCUUACUACUUCACUUGCCAAUGCGCCAAGUGCGUAAAGUGUCCGGUUUCCCCCGAAGAUACGUUCGCGAAGCCGCCGCAGGAAUUGUCCGAGGAGUACCGUAAGGUGGCAGAUGGUCUAGUGAAGUAUCAUAGGGCAGAGCUGGGGAAGUUCUUAGCUGGUACCGAUGAAUCCAGGGCGCAACUUAGACUCGCUGCUAUGCAAGCAUCGGUUUUUGAUGUUUCUGAGAGUGGCUACUCCUCAGAAAAAGACCUUAAGGAGGCCCUUCAUCUGUGCAUCGACUCAGGAAUGUGGACUUGGACUCGGCAGCCUGUGCCCGAGCUCUGUCGUCGACUAUUUAGCGUAUACAUGGGACCCAGCCGUCUUUACAAGGCGCUCAAGCUAGGGCUAAAGCUGCUCGUCGAGAUAAUGCCGGAUAUUUCCCCCCAACCUUUCCGCCCAGAACGAUUGAUUCUCACAGAGACCUUAGCAUUGCUGACCAGUGCGCUCGCGGGCCCGAUGCACGUACAGGCGGAAAGCGAACUCGCCGAAUAUGGCCUGGGACCACGCGUUAUCUUCUGGGGCUUAAUGCUUGAACUGCGCGAGAAUAUUCCUCGAAUGUACGGGUGGGAUUCACCGUUCGGUAGGUUCAUAAAUAACUACUACGAGCGGGCCAAAGCCCGCGAGAUCACCAGCGAAGUCGAAAUUAAAAAGGAAGUCCUGGAGGCCAAGCCGAAACUACAGAAAUUCUUGAAGGAUAUAGAUAUCUUGAAGCUUUGCGAUGAGGGAGAAAAGGAAGGUUGUGCUGUGAUGUAA